AUGAAGGUGCCGGUCGAGGAUGACCGUCUUAUUCGGAUGAAUCAAGCAGCAGAACUUUAUUUGACUCAAAUUGUUGAAAAGAAAUCUCUGUUUGGAUUAGUCACAUUCGAUCAAGAGGCCAGAAUCCAAAAUUAUCUAACAAAAAUAACUAACAGUAGUGACUAUCCAAAGAUCACUGCAAAUCUCCCACAGCAAGCUUCGGGUGGAACUUCAAUUUGCAGUGGAAUUAAAGCAGGAUUUCAGGUAAUCACUUCCAGUAGCCAAAGUACUUCCGGUUCUGAGAUCAUAUUGCUGACAGAUGGGGAAGAUGAUAAUAUACGUUCCUGCUUUGAGGAGGUCAAACACAGUGGUGCCAUCAUCCACACCAUCGCUCUGGGGCCUUCCGCUGCCAAAGAACUGGAGACUCUGUCAACCAUGACCGGAGGACUGCGUUUUUAUGCCAACAAAGACCUAACUGCCCUGAUGGAUGCUUUCAGUGGGAUUUCAGCCAGCAGUGGCAGCACCUCACAGCGGGCUCUGCAGUUGGAGAGCAAGGCCUUGACUAUUGCAAGGAAGGGACGGAUAAAUGGUACAGUGCUGGUGGACAGCACCGUUGGCAACGACACGUUCUUUGUUGUCACCUGGACAGCACAAAAGCCAGAAAUCGUUCUUCAAGAUCCGAAAGGGAAAACGUACAGAGCCUCAGAUUUCCAAGACGAUGAGCUGAAUAUGCGCUCUGCUCGACUCCAAAUACCAGGCAUCGCAGAAACAGGUACUUGGGCUUACAGCCUCUCAAAUAAGAAUGUCAUACCUCAGUCGCUAACGGUGACAGUGACCACUCGAGCGAGAAGUCCUACCACGCCCCCAAUAAUCGCGGCUGCUCACAUGAGUCAAGACACAGCGCGGUACCCUGGCCCGAUGAUUGUUUACGCCCGAGUCAGCCAAGGGUUCUUGCCUGUCCUGGGAGCCAGUGUCACCGCCAUUAUAGAAGCCGAAGAUGAAAAUAAAGUCACACUGGAGCUCUGGGACAACGGGGCAGGUGCUGAUACUGUUCAAAAUGAUGGCAUCUACACGAGAUAUUUCACAGAUUAUCGUGGAAAUGGUAGAUACAGCUUGAAAGUGAAUGUCCAGGCAAGAAGAAAGACAGCCAGACUAAGUUUAAGACAGCAGAGCAAGUCUUUAUACAUGCCUGGCUAUAUCGAAGAUGGCAAAAUUAUAAUGAAUCCACCCAGACCUGAAAUCCAAGAAGCAGAAGCUCCAGUGGAAGACUUCAGCAGAGUAGCCUCUGGAGGGUCGUUUACCGUGUCUGGAGCGCCUCCUGGUGGCAACCACGCUAAUGUGUUUCCACCCUGUAAAGUCACUGAUCUGGAGGCCGAGUUUGAAGGAGAUCACAUCCACCUUACCUGGACAGCUCCUGGCAAGGUCCUCGACAAAGGAAAAGCGCAAAGAUACAUCAUCAGAGUGAGUCAGCAUUCUCGGGAUCUCCAAGAAGAUUUUAAGAACGCUACUUUAGUGAAUACUGCUAGUCUGAGACCUAAAGAGGCUGGCUCAAAAGAAAAUUUUGAAUUCAAACCAGAAACUUUGAAAAUAGAAAACGGUACGAAGUUGUACGUUGUGAUUCAGGCCAGUAACGAAGCCAAUCUCACCUCAGAGGUCUCCAACAUUGCACAGGCUGUCAAAUUCAUUCCUCCACAGGUACCUGACCUGGGUACCAAAAUGCCUGUACCCAGUUUGACAAUUUUUGUAUUUGCUGCAACUUUAUUCAUAUUUUAA